UAUGUUUUGAAAAGGGUUCUCUUCAAAUCCCAGAUGAGUCACAAUACGCAGACAUAAGACACCAAGCUGGUAGAGGGAUCUAUUCCUUCCCAAUUCGCCUGCUAGAUCCAACCACCAAGACCCCAGCUUCCUUUCAAACAACUUUCUCUUUUCAACUCAACAAUUCCACUGCCUCUGAGCAAGCUGCAUAUGGGGGUAGUGGCCUCACUUUCAUCAUUGUCCCUGAUGAGUUCACUGUGGGAAGGCCCGGGCCAUGGCUUGGCAUGCUCAAUGAUGCUUGUGAAAAUGACUACAAGGCAGUGGCCGUGGAGUUUGACACAAGACAGAACCCAGAGUUUGGAGAUCCUAAUGACAACCAUGUUGGCAUCAACUUAGGUACCAUAGUAUCUUCCAAAGUUAUCAAUGUUUCUGACGUUGGUGUUUCCCUUAAGGAUGGUUUUGUUCACCGCGCUUGGAUCACCUAUGAUGGUCCUCAGAGGAGAAUGGACAUUCGUCUUCGAAGAGCCAAUGAAGAGGAUUAUCCUUCCACUCCUAUCUUCUCAGAAUCUGUGGAUCUCUCUCCUUAUUUAAACGAGUACAUGUUUGUGGGGUUCUCAGCUUCCACUGGUAACCAUACACAAAUCCACAACAUACUCUCUUGGAACUUCACUUCUGUAAGCCAAGCUUUUCUACGCUUCCCUUCAUUUGAAACCUGCCAGGGUAAGAUCUUACUGGAGUUGAAAUCACACCAGACCCUGUUGUUCGUGCUAGGCCUGUCCGAUUUUGGCCAAUCCAAACCUAGAGGUGACAUGGCCAAGAGCCUCAAACUCAGCGAGUGA